GCGGCGAGGCUACGUCUGCGUCAAGAGACGUUAAAUUUGAAACUUGGCGGCCGGUGCCUGAUGGGGCGUGAGGUGGCUAUUCUGAGAAGGAAUCGGAUGCGUGGUUUUGUUUAGGAGCACGGGGUGACGAUCUUCGCUGCUCCAGAGCCAGCUGAAGGUUGAGGGAGGCUCAGUUAGCACUCGGAGGAUAAAGGUCUGCGGAAGGGCGAGAGCAAGUAUUGGGAAUGCAGGAUGGCGGAGGCGAGUGAAGCCAUGUGCCUGGAGGGAGCUGAGUGGGAGCUGAGUAAAGAAAACAUACAGCCCUUACGGCACGGGCGGGUCAUGUCCACACUUCAGGGAGCUUUGGCAAAGCAAGAGUCAGCCGGCCACACUGCUCUGCAGCAGCAGAAACGGGCAUUUGAAUCUGAAAUCCGCUUUUACUCUGGAGAUGACCCUCUGGAUGUGUGGGACAGAUAUAUUAAUUGGACAGAACAGAACUACCCUCAAGGUGGGAAAGAGAGUAACAUGUCAGCAUUACUAGAGAGAGCUAUAGAAGCACUCCAAGGAGAGACGCGCUAUUAUAAUGACCCCCGGUUUCUCAGUCUCUGGAUCAAAUUGGGACAUUUGUGCAAUGAACCUUUGGAUAUGUACAGCUAUUUACAAAGCCAAGGAAUUGGUGUUUCCCUUGCCCAGUUCUAUAUUUCAUGGGCUGAAGAAUACGAAGCUAGAGAAAAUUUCAAGAAAGCGGACAUAGUAUUCCAGGAAGGAAUUGAACGCAAGGCUGAGCCCCUGGACAGACUGCAGUCCCAGCACAGACAGUUCCAGUCUCGAGUGUCGCGUCAAGCUUUCUUGGCCCUUGGGAAUGAAGAGGAGGAGGCUUUGGGGCCUUCUGAACCACAGAGAAGCUCGCUAGCUGAGCUGAAGAGCAGAGGGAAGAAGAUGGCCAGAGCGCCCAUCAGCCGUGUCGGAGGUGCUCUGAAGGCUCCAGGUCAGAGCAGAGGAUUCCUAAAUGCAGUUCCCCAGCCAGUACACGGUAAUCGCAGGAUCACUGUUUUUGAUGAAAAUGCCGAUACCGCGUCUAGACCGGAGUUAUCUAAGCCUGUAGCCCAGCCAUGGAUGGCACCCCCUGUGCCCAGGGCCAAAGAGAACGAACUUCAGCCAGGCCCGUGGAGCACAGACAGGCCUGCGGGACGCAGGCCUCACGACAAUGCAGCCUCUGUGAUGUCGGUACCCAGCGUGCUUCCCAGCUUUACUCCGUAUGUGGAAGAGAGCGCCCAGCAGACAGUAAUGACACCAUGCAAGAUUGAACCUAGUAUCAACCGUGUUCUCAGCACCAGGAAGCCAGGGAGAGAAGAAGGAGACCCCUUGCAGAGAGUUCAGAGUCAUCAGCAAGGCUGUGAGGAGAAGAAGGAGAAGAUGAUGUACUGUAAGGAGAAGAUCUAUGCCGGAGUUGGGGAGUUCUCCUUCGAGGAGAUCCGAGCUGAAGUGUUCCGCAAGAAGCUGAAAGAACGAAGGGAAGCCGAGCUGUUGACCAGUGCAAAGAAGAGGGAGGAAAUGCAGAAGCAGAUCGAAGAGAUGGAGAGGAAGCUGAAGGCAAUGCAGACUGUUCAGCAAGAAGGGGCUGGUGGCCAGCAAGAAGAGAAGAUGCCUACAGAGGACCCAGCCAGAUUGCAGAUUGCUUCAGAGCCUCAGGAAAUGUCAGGAGUUCCUCUGUCCUGUUCCGUCUGUCCACUAAGCUCGAAUCCUAGGGAAAUUUCACCUGCUGAGAACAUUUUGCAAGAACAGCCUGAUUCUAAAGGUUCCAGUAUGCCUUUCUCCAUUUUUGAUGAGUCUCUUUCAGACAAAAAGGACAAAAGUCCUGCUACAGGUGGUCCACAGGUUCUCAAUGCCCAGAGAAGACCCCUUUCAGUUCUCAAAACUACAGAAGUGGGCACCACAAAUGAAGAUGUGUCUCCUGAUAUUUGUGAUGAACUUACAGAAAUUGAGCCUCUGAGUGAAGACGCCAUCAUCACUGGUUUCAGGAACGUGACGCUUUGUCCCAACCCUGAGGACACUUGUGACUUUGCUAGAGCAGCUCGGUUGGCAUCUACUCCCUUCCAUGAGAUACUGUCCUCGAAGGGCAUCGCUGCUGAUCCCGAGGGACUGUUGCCCGAAGAGGAUCUGGAUGGGAAGGCCACUGAGGGUCAUCACACUGUUCAUCACCAGGCCCUCAUCAUAAAGAAACUGAGCCCAAUUAUUGAAGACAGCCGUGAGGCCACCCACUCAUCCGGCUUCUCCAGGUCUUCGUCCUCAGCUCCCAGUACAUCCUCCAUCAAAGGCUUUCCGCUUCUGGAAAAGCUGGAGCUGACUAAUGACGGGGCAGAAAAUGCUAUUCAGUCACCCUGGUGUUCACAGUAUCGCCUCCAACUGUUGAAAUCCCUCCUAGAGUUAAGUGCUUUUGCAGAGUUUUCUGUGGAAGAGCGACCGAUGCCUGUGCUGGAGAUAGGGAAGGAGAUUGAGUUAGGUCCUGAGGAUUACGUCAUCAAGCAAGAGCACCUAACAUGUGACGAUUACAGGUUAUUCUGGGUGGCACCAAGAAGCUCUGCAGAGCUAACCAUGAUAAAGGCAUCGUCUCAGCCUAUCCCGUGGGAUUUUUAUAUCAACCUCAAGUUGAAGGAGCGUCUGAAUGAGGACUACGACCAGCUUUGCAGCUGCUGUCAGUACCAAGAUGGCCAUGUUGUUUGGUACCAGUAUAUAAACUGCUCCACCCUUCAGAAUCUUCUCCAACACAGCAAAUUUGUUACUCAUGAAAUAAUAGUGUUGAUUAUUUACAACCUCUUGACAAUCGUGGAGAAGCUGCACAGAGCUGAAAUAGUGCACGGAGACUUGAGUCCACGGACUCUGAUCCUGAGAAACAGAAUCCACGACCCCUAUGACUAUGUAAAUAAGGACGACCAUGCUGUGAGGAUCAUGGACUUCUCCUACAGUGUUGACCUGAGGGUGCAGCUGGAUGCCUUUGCCUAUAGCGGCUUUCGGACUGCCCAGAUCCUGGAAGGACAAAAGAUCCUGGCUAACUGUUCUUCUCCCUACCAGGUAGAUCUGUUGGGUAUAGCAGACCUAGCACACUUACUCCUGUUCAAGGAACACCUGCAUGUCUUCUGGGAUGGGCUCCUCUGGAAACUUAGCCAGAGCACCUCUGAGCUAAAAGACAGUGAAUUGUGGAAUAAAUUCUUUGUGCGGAUUCUGAAUGCCAGUGACAAGCCCACGGUGUCUGUUCUGGGGGAGCUGGCAGCAGAAAUGGGUGGGGCUUUUGAUGCAACAUUCCAUAGCCACCUGAACAAAGCCCUUUGGAAGCUGGGGAAGAUAAUCAGCCCGGAAGCUUUGCUCACGCAGCAAGACAAGCAGUCAAGUGGCUCACAGAACCCUGCCUAAACCAUGUGUAUGGUGAAGAACUGGUCUGGGGCUGCUGUGAUUUGGAUUGGAGCACACUUAGACACAUCAGCAGUCCUUCACUAGGUCACUCUCAGUAGCACAGCUUUCAGCAGGUGGCUGUGCCCUGGCAGCCUCAUCUGGUUUAUUCAAAAGGUUUCUGUACAGACAGCUUCUUUUUAACCCUCUGGCUUCUGCCUUUUUUCUUUUGUAAUUUUAUAACAUGUACUCUCCUUUCACUGUAUAUUUUAUAAUAAAAUAGUUUUUGUUACA